AUGGUGGAGGAAUCUUCAAAGCUUGCUAAUGAGAGAGAGUCUUUUGACUUCUUGGAAAAACAGAUCAACUUCCUAAGCUUUUUUCUUGAAACAUCAAAGUGUUUUGGGGGGGAUCUUGAAGAUUGUGGUUGUAGCCUUGUAGGUAUCUGCACAGACAUAUGCGUGUUUGAUUUUGUGGAUACUGUAUUCUUUUGUGGAUACUGUGUUCUUAUUCCUCUAGAAGAUGCCGUAGUGCAGUUUAUGCACCAUUUAGGGUCUGUCUAUGCUAAAGGAAGAGGAGCUAAGGUACAGUGUCUCCUUACAGUUAGAGUCUUAAGCAUCGUCAGAUAG